UGCGAAUCUGGCGGCUUGGAGACCAUUUCGCGGGGCUCAUGGCGUCCCUGCACCCCCUCGCUAACACGUAGCUGAAGUGCUGUGUUAUGUUCAUUGGACUAUUUAAAAUUUUAACUUGAGUUUAACAGUUACCAGAUAGCCCGACUAUCUAUUCCACAGUUUUUAUGGGUCCACGGUAAUGAAAGAAAACUUUUAGAGAAUACAAUUUAAAAUGAGUUAAACAUUUCCUACUCUUGUGGAGUUUAACAAGUAUUGCUCUUGUUGAGUCUCUCAAAGUUAAAAAAUGUUGAACCAACCCAAGAACACGUGAUCCAUCUUAAGCUUGGGCUACCUUUGUCUAAUCCAAUAAUUCUGUGAUAUUCUUGCUUAGGUUCCGCUUAAAUCUGGGAGAACUUUGAUUGGAUGAAUUGGAUGCUGGGUUCAUCCUAAGAUCCUCCCAUAAAUUACCUCUAACAGAAAUAUUUUGAACCAGCACGCCUUGUUCCUACUCUGUGGAGAAAUUCUAAAUAUAAUGGACGCGUCCCGACUAUCCAGCACGGGUCCGACGCGCACACGAGCCAACCCUGCGGCCAGUGAGCGCCGAGGGGUAAGGAUCUACAAAUGUGAAAUAUUGUAAAGUGUGCGUAUACCCUCCGGUCAGUUACCCGUCAGUCUCCGUCCAGUGCAGACGUGUCCUUUAAACCAUGACGAGAAACUGAAACAAUGGAGAAAGUUCUGAUAAUUCUAGUUUGUGCCACAUAUCUGGUGCAAGGCAUAUGUUAUUUCCCAGCUGUUUACCAAGGAGUUUAUGAAAGUCAAACUGUUGGAGGAAACUCAGAUGUAUCAUAUUCAUCAAUAUCAGUUCUAUAUGAUAGUAUUCCUGUCUGGGGUUACUGUUAUAGAAGAGUAGGAUCUAAUGUUAUAUUAAAAGAGGAUUCUGGAGGAAUAACAUGUUAUCGAUGUUUUCAUCUUUCUCUCAGAUCAUCUAAUAUUCUACAGAUACACACCAAGGGUUUAAACAAAUGUUUUACAACUGAAGAUGCAGCUUUAUCAACCUGUGUAUCACAAGAUGAGAUGAUGCAUCAGGAUGCAUCAGAGAUUAUGAUGUAUAGAACUAAAGGAUUUCUAGGAGAACCUGCUGUUAGUCCGACCUACUGUCCGUUUAAUGGAGAAUAUACGUUUACAUAUUCAGUAAAUGAUGGUACAGAGAAUACAUUAGAGUGUCCUACACCUAUAUCAGAGAUAUCAGAUUGUCCCUUCGGGUUCGGGUUCAAUCUUCAGUUUAAACAGUGUUCCUUUGGUGAUCUAGAGAUAUCCUUCCACUGUCUUGGAGAUUGGGAGGGACGGGACGGAGAGAGAUUUGUUGCUCUCAUGGAUACAGGAGCAUCACUUACUCAGGGUAGACCUAGAUAUAGGUGUGCAAUAUAUAAGGAGGAUAAGAUAACUGGCAAGGUUAAGAUGGCUCUAUCCUCAGAUUCAACUUGUGUUUCAAAUCUUGAUUCAUCAGAGAGAGGAUAUGAGACUAUGGUUCUACAUCCCAAGGAAUCUCCGUCCUGGCCGGAGUUAGAUUCAUCCUGUAUAUUUCCAGACUGGAUUCAAGGUUCCUGGGAGCAUGUAGAUUUCCAAGGAGAUACCAUGGUCUACAAGGAUCAUAGAAACUUUAAAACCUACACUGGAAAAUGUAUUCCUCAUAGUUCAGGAGACCCGGAGAGAUUUCUUGUUUAUACCAGAACCCAGUGUGGAGAUGAAGUUUACAAGUGUAUAUGGAUAAAGGAACGUGGAUUAAAUACUAUGGAGAUACAAGUGAGUUUAUAUGAUUCAUCCACCCCUGAUAAAUCCUUGUGCAGGGAUGAAAACUUCCUGGAUAGAGCUUGGACUACUCAGGGUAGGAUGAGAAUAGGAGAGAAAGCUCCAUAUAUGUUUACUGGUGAAUAUACAGGAGUAAUACCGGAUACUGAUGGUUUAUGUGCUAAACUUUACUCUGACUGUAAUAAUCCUGAAAUUAUGUUUUAUACCAUCUUUAACUGUUUUAACAGAACAGAAGUGUUUGAAGAGAGAGAAUAUGAAUGUUUGGGACAAUGGGAGGAGAAUGGUGUUAUCUAUACAUACACAGAAAGAAGAGAUAUGAUUGGACAUGAAUGUUUUGUCGGAGCAACAACUAAGAAGGGAGAAAUAUAUCUUCAAGAGGCCGGGAAUAAUUGUGAAAGAGGUCAGGAACCUCUCAAGGAUGGGAUGAGGAUGAGUAGGGUUGCAGAAUGUUAUUAUCAUAGACAAACCAAUCCUAGGUUCAACUGGAGAGAGAAGAGCAUGGUUGAACCUGAACCUGAAAUUGAAUCCGGAGCUAGAGAUAAGAAUUCAAAUAUUCUUUUACUUCCCUUCCUUAUCCUCAUCUUCAUCUUCAUCUGAGCCUUCUCAUCCCUUGGUUAGCAGCAGUCCUGGAGCUAAACCAGGGUUUCUCCGGGUAUACGCUCAUACACUGUUCUAUGUACACUGUACAUGGUACAUAUACCAAAGAAUAACUGUGAUAAUAUUAAUCUUUUGUACAGAACAAUCACCAGUUCACGUACGGACAAAAUAGUACAUGCGAAUACGGAACAAUAACCAGUUCAUGUACGAGCAAAAAAGUACAUCCGAAUACAGAACAAUCACCAGUUCAUGUACGGACAAAAUAGUACAUGCGAAUAAUGUUUUAUGUCUCAAAGUUGAGAGAAAUAUGGAAGUACGACUUCCUAAAGUUAUUUUAUUCAUGUGAAAAGACGGCUGUGAUUAUGUUAAAAAUUUAAAUAAAUUAUAAUAAAUUGAAUUUGUUCUUAA